AUGAAGGUGGCUGUUGAGCCUUUAAUUCCGGGGCUCUUCCCGGAAGUGGUCUGUUUCAAAGCGUGCUGCUUGACUCUGGCUUUCUAUCCACAGACCUCAGCAGGAGCGGUGCGUGGAGGCAGCAGCAGCCGUGCGUGUCGCUGCCACACCGACCGCCGACGCACGCAAAACCGGCCGACGACCGGUUCCGGUGGAUUACCGCGGCUUCCCCCGCACGUCCCUGCAGCUUUUGGGCCCCCCGGAGGCGGAUCUUCCCCCAUGGCCAGUCCGGCGACAGACGCCGGUCAGUCUCAUCAGCACCACUCCGCCAGCCUUUCUGCCGCAGACUGCGCGUCCCGGGAGGCGCAAACCUGGAUAGAGGCGGUCACCGGGAGGUGUUUUGGUGACAAAGACUUCCGAGGAGGUUUGGAGAACGGGAUACUGCUAUGCGAGCUUCUGAGCUCCAUUAAACCUGGACUAGUGAAGAAAAUUAACAGACUUCCAACACCUAUCGCUGGCUUGGACAACCUGAGCGUGUUUCUGCGCGGCUGCGAGGAACUGGGCCUGAAGGGCUCCCAGCUUUUCGACCCCGGAGACCUGCAGGACACUUCGACACGCCCCGCUGCAAAGGGGAGCGACUGCAGUCGAAGACUCAAGAAUGUUUUAAUCACCAUCUACUGGCUCGGUCGUGCUGCCAAUAGCUGUACCUCCUACAACGGGCCCACGCUGGACCUGAAGGAGUUUGAAGCCCUGCUGUCACAGAUGCGAAAGGAGGCAGAGGAGGCAGAGAGCCCCAAACGCUGCAUCCGGGACAGUGGCUACGUGGACUGCUGGGACUCUGAGCGCAGCGACUCCCUCUCCCCCCCGCGCCGCGGCCGGGAGGACUCCUUCGACAGCCUGGACUCCCUCGGCUCGCGCUCGCAGCAGACGCCGUCGCCGGACGUCCUCGUCGCCCGCGGCAACAGCGAUGGCCGCGGCAGCGACUCGGAGUCCGACGGCCCCCCCCACCGAAAGCUUCCCGACGUCCAUAAGGACGACAUGCUGGCCCGCCGGACCUCGGUCAGCGAACCGCGCACCGUUGUUCCCUUCAACCAGUACCUGCCCAACCGCGCCAACCAGGGCGCCUACCUGCCCACGCCGCUGCGAAAGAGGAGGGGCGACAAGGAGGAGGGGGCCGGGCGCAAGAGCUGGAGUACCGCCACCUCGCCUGUAGGGGGCGACAGACCCAGUAGGAGUGUGAGUAUGAUCGACAUGCGUGGCGAGGAGGAGGCGCUUUUACAGCCGCACAGCCAGGUGCGGCACGAGCUGAUGCACAACCAGUACAACAAAAUGAAGGAAGAGGAGAACCACUGGCAGGACGACCUGGCCCGUUGGAAAAGUCGGAGGAGGAGCAUUUCCCAGGAUCUGAUAAAAAAAGAGGAGGAGAGGAAAAUGAUGGAGCGCUUAAUGUCAGGAGACGGCUGCCUCUCUCACAGGAGGAGAAGCAUCAAGACCUACCGAGAGAUAGCGGACGGUUUCCUGCGAGUGAACGGUGUCGCAGACGUCCCCACGAAGCCUGAAAGUCCAGGACGGGAGUCUCCUCCUCGUUUCCAGGCCUCGCCUUCCCAAACAGCCGACAGUGCUCCGGUAGCUCCUCCAUCAGCAGCAGGAGGAAGUCCCGACUCCACAUCCACCGGACAGACAGAGAGAAGCCCAGAGCCAUCUGAGGAAGAGAAAACAUCCACCGAGCAUCUGCCCCCCCUCAGCCGGCCCACUUCACUUCCAGGGGAGCUGCAGAAGCCAGAGGAAACCUUUGGGACGACGGGUCAUACAGAAGUCGCUCCACAGGAAGAGAAACCAAAACCUGCAGCCCGUUAUUCCCCCCCAGCAGAAGCCAAACAGAAACAGGAAAUCUCUGAACCAUCCAGUGAAAAACCCUCCAGUACCGUCCAGUCAGAGGUCAACGCUCAGCAUCCGCUGAUAACCUCCAGGGGAAAUGUUUCCGUUUCUGUGGAGUCUCCGCUGCGGACGGCCUCCUUUGGAUGUGUCCCUCUCCGGGAAAAAGCAGCAGACUGUGAAAUCAGUGUCAGCUCUCCGCAGGCAUCCAGCAAUCCUAAGUCACGCUCGGACUUCUUCGCUCCUCCAGAAGACUCAGAGAAGGAUCUGUGCUCACAUGAGAAGUACCGGCGCGAGCAGGAGAAGCUGAAGGAGGAGUGGGAGAAGGCGCAGAGGGAGGUGGUGGAGGAGGAGAGGAAGUAUCACGAGGAGGAGCGGCGGAUCCUGGAGGAGACGGUGAUGCCCCUGACCCCCCGUUCCUCCGCCCUUUCCUCCCCCAGCCGGGGGGAGCCGACCUCCCUCCCCGAGCCCCAGGACACAAUCGUCCGAUCGCUGGCCGACUGGGAACGCAAGCAGGAGCUGCUGGAGAGGCAGUCCAGGGGGGGGGGCUCGGAGAGCACAGAGAGGAAGAGGAGAGAAAACGACCGAACCAGUGACAUCAGCACCGCGGACGACAGCAUGAAGACCAGCAGGAGCCUGGUGAGUCAGGGCAGCAGCAGUAAGGCAGAGAACAGCCUCCAGAACGGACAAAAGCUUCCCCCCCCGCCGGCUCCAGCCAGGAAACAGCACGAGCCCCGGGUGGACGGCCCCAGGGCCGCUAACCGGCCCGCCGGGGAGCGGAGGGGUAAAGUCUCAGUCUCCAACUGA